AUGAGGAAGCAGAACGUGCGCACGGCCGCACUCAUCCUGUGCAUUUUUUCGUACUUGCUGGUGGGCGCCGCCGUCUUCGACGCUCUCGAGUCCGAGGCGGAAAGCGGCCGCAAGCGGCUGCUGGCCCAGAAGCGGAGCGAGUUCCGGAGGAAGUACGGCUUCUCGGCCGAGGACUACCGGGAGCUCGAGCGCCUGGCGCUGCAGGGCGAACCGCACCGCGCCGGUCCCCAGUGGAAGUUCGCCGGCUCCUUCUACUUCGCUAUCACGGUCAUCACCACCAUCGGGUACGGCCACGCCGCGCCGGGCACUGACUCGGGCAAGGUCUUCUGCAUGUUCUAUGCGCUCCUGGGCAUACCGCUGACGCUGGUCACCUUCCAGAGCCUGGGCGAGAGGCUGAAUGCGCUGGUGCGGCGCCUCCUGCUGGCGGCCAAGCGCUGCCUGCGCCUGCGGCGGCCGCGCGUGUCCACUGAGAACAUGGUGGUGGCCGGGCUGCUGGUGUGCGCGGCUACCCUGGCCCUCGGGGCCGCCGCCUUCGCGCACUUCGAGGGCUGGACCUUCUUCCACGCCUACUACUACUGCUUCAUCACCCUCACCACCAUCGGCUUCGGCGACUUCGUGGCGCUGCAGAGCGAUGAGGCGCUGCAGAGGAAGCCGCCGUAUGUGGCCUUCAGCUUCCUCUAUAUCCUCUUGGGGCUUACGGUCAUCGGCGCCUUCCUCAACCUGGUGGUCCUGCGCUUCCUCGCGGCCAGCACCGACGUGCCGCAGUGCGCAGCCCGUCACGCCAGGCCGCUCCGCCUGGGGGCGCCCGAGACCAGCGGCCCCUCCCUGGCCGGCCGCCCAGGCCUUCCCGGGGGCCCCACCUCCAUCUCUUAUCGCAUCCACCAGCUGGAGAUGUGGGCCCGCGACAAUCUGGGUUUCUCGCCCCCCUCGAGCCCCAGAGCCUUGAGCGGCAGGGCAGGCAGGCCCCUGGUCAGGCGGAAGUCCAUAUGACAGCCCCGCCUGGGCGGGGGUUCCAACCUGGAAUAGG